AACAGCGAACGGAGGUCCCUUCUUCCUAAAGACAACACUUAACUUCACGAGCAGUUGGGGAGAACGAACAGCUGAGAGUCGGAAUCAUCUUUCGGAAACCACUAUCUGGUUCCGCUUAUGGUCAAGCCGGAUCGAGGUUCACAGUAGACGGUCUUGAGGUCAUCGGUUAUCUCCUUCAAAAGUGGCGCCAUGAUGCGUCGAGAGUGCCAUCCGUUGGACGGGGUACCGGUGAAAAUCACUCUGAGACCCCCGAAAGCAAUCACGGUACCUUCACAUUUCCUCAAAACUGAUCUCCCGGCCAGCCUCGAGCAAGACUACGAUUUCUCCCUCGAGCAUCGAGUGCUGCAAGAAGCUCAGAAUCUGAGGGAAAGUCAGGCGAAACUCGAGGCGCUCAGACCAACGACGGCUGCUCCCGUAGGCGAAUUCACAACACUGACACCGUCUCAACCCUCAAGCUCUGCCAGUCCAGAAGGAACUUCACCGCCCACGCCGCCCACGACUAUAAGCAUCACGGAGUUCGAACCGGAGGCUUUCAGUCCUUUCGAUCAAGUCGAACUGCAGACGAUUAAUGAUCUCGAAGAACUCCACUCGAUAUUCGGCGGAGUGAAAGUUUCCGCGUCCGACCUCGAGAGCAAGCCAAGGGUGACGAGCGAGCUGAGCUCCAUGAAGAAUCUAUUCGACGGGGAGCAGUUGAAGAAAAUAGGUCAAGCGCAUUCCUCAGCUCCCUCGGGCUCCCCGCACCAUUAUCAUAACCUUAAUGGAGCGCAGGCCGCGGUCCCCGCGCCGAGUCCCACCGAUCCCUUCAAAGAUCUCUCGAAGAAACACCAAGCCGUAGCGAGGGAAAUUUGUUCGAUGGGAUUCCCAGCCUCGCGCGUUGCGCUCGCUGUCAUGGACUUGGGCGACGACAAGGGCAAGGUUGUGGACCAUCUGUGUUUACUCGAAAAACUCGUCGGCGAAGGUUUCGAGGCGCCCGAUGUCAGCCAAGCUCUACAAUUUAUGUCACACGAUCUCGAUAAGUCGCGCGAGUUUUUGAAAAACAUGGCCCAGUUGACCGACUUGGGAUUCCCGAAAGGUGACAUUGCAGUUGCGCUCAAACUGCACAAUAGUGAUCGAGAUAAAGCUCUGGAUGAACUCUUGAAAGGCUAAUGGUCAGCCGAGUUUGGCCAUCCCUUGGGUUUUGUACACAAUUUUUUUUAAAGAGUGAAAGCAGCAGUCUGUCACGCGGAUAUCGAGACGAAUAUAUA